CUCUCUGACUCUUUAGUUUGGAGAGACCUCACCUUCUGUAUCCUUUUCUCUUGGGUUUUCAGCCGAGCAUACUAUGGAGAUGGAGUGGGAGUGGAUGGUAGAGUUCGGAGACGGGAUGAUCAAGCCACUGGCCGCCACCGCCGUGGUUCUAAUGGCGAUCGGCUUGUCCUACUUCCAAAAGCUCGGCCUGGAAUGGGAGAUGGCUUACUCCAUCUUCAGGGCCUUCCUUCAGCUAUCCAUUAUUGGAUUUGUUCUGCAAUUCAUUUUCACUCAACAAAAUGUCAUCUGGAUCCUUCUCGCUUACCUCUUCAUGGUGACGGUGGCAGGGUACACGGCGGAGCAACGUGCAAAACAUGUCCCCGGCGGGAAAUACGUCGCCGGAGCUUCCAUCCUGGUCGGAACUGCGGCGACCAUGUCUCUGCUAGUGGUGCUCAACGUGUUCCCCUUCACUCCCCGCUAUAUAAUCCCGGUUGCCGGGAUGAUGGUCGGGAACGCCAUGACUGUCACCGGAGUUACCAUGAAAAGGCUCCGGGACGACAUCAAAGUGCAAACGGUCCUGGUGGAAACAGCGUUGGCGCUGGGAGCGACGCCACGCCAGGCCACAGCUGAGCAGGUGAAAAGGGCUCUGGUGAUCGCACUUUCGCCGGUGCUUGACAACGCCAAGACGGUGGGCCUGAUUUCACUGCCAGGAGCCAUGACCGGGCUUAUUAUGGGAGGAGCUUCACCAUUGGAGGCCAUUCAGCUGCAAAUUGUGGUCAUGAAUAUGCUCAUCGGAGCUUCAACUGUCAGCAGCAUCUUGUCCACUUAUUUUUGUUGGCCUGCUUUUUUCACCAAGGCUUAUCAGCUGGAGACCAAAGUCUUUAACCUGGAUUGAAUUACCCAACACCAAAACAAAACUCUUGCUAUUUGGUUUUCUUUGAUGGCUGAAGAUCCUCAAAUUUUCUAUUUGGUUCAGCCAAGACGAGCUCGGUUGUCAACACCUGAAACGAAAGCCAGUUGGGAAAGUAUUCAAAUGUGUAGUUACUCAUCGGAACAUGAAUCACAGAUUUGAUAGAAUGAAUUGUGAUUCUAUGGGGAAAGGAACUUGAAUUGGUUCCUUCGGUAAACUUGAGUGAAUAGAAAUAACAUGAAUGAGAA